GAGCUCCUGAAUCCUGAUCGACGUGCAAAAAUGCCAAAAUGCGGAAUGUUGAUGCAAAGGGAAAAGUCGUGGACGCCUCAGCAGGGUCGGUCUCUGUUACUUGAUUCAUGGCGUCCUGUUCUAGACACCUGUCCUCUGCCUCAAUCGUUUCAUCUUCCGGAAGGUUUCCAGCAAAAAGCACGUGUGUGGCUAGCCCAUGCGCUUUGAGCAAUGUCCCAGUGUGGGGUCCUUUCCUAGUAGACAGUUGUACCAGAGGUCCUACAGCAGUAACAAGAAAACCUGGAUGGAGGAGGGAAAGCUGGAACAGACCAGUUCUUCCCACUACACCUACGAAAACUUUCUUCGCUACAGCACAUCGAUCUCGGAGUGGUGGUAGUCUCCUUCAGUGCAAUGCUGCCUCUGUGGAAAUUGCAGAGAGCAGCAAUGAUCAAGGCGCCUCAGAGCCUGAGGCAGCCAUACAGAGUAUUCCUGAGUUGCGCGAGCGCUUCCGCUGCCCCGGUGUGGAGUUCCAGGAGGUGUCUGGCCUGCGGGUGGCCGUGCUCAAGCUGGCGGAGGGCAGCAGCGUGAGGGUCCUGCUGGAGGGGGCGCGCGUCAUCGCGUGGCGGGCGGUCAUGUACCACAAGGGCAAGGAGGACCUCAUCUACAGCAAGCUUAACAGGACCCGCGCAGAGGGCCAGGGCUGGCUGCGGGGCGGCAUUCCAGUCAGCUUUCCAGAGCCGGCAGAAGGCGCAGCUGGGAUUCAAAGCAGUAACUCGCUGGCCAGCCUGGUGCGCGAGAUGCCGUGGCGGGUGGUCAGCACGUGGGCGGACGGGGACGCCUUUGCGGAGAUCGUGCUGAGCCUGGAGGACACCCCCGCGACGCGCGCGCUGUGGCCGCACCGCUUCGCUCUGCGCUACUCGGUGCACCAGCUGCCGGACCGCCUCGUGUGCGUCCUGCGCUGCCACAAUCGCGACGCGCGGCCCUUCUCGUUUGGCGCCUCCCUCGAUUCGCAUCUUGAGGUGGUGGAUCCUGCGGGCGCGACGGUCAUGGGGCUUGAGGGGGCCAAGUACGUGACACGGACAAAACUGAACCGGAACUGGAAGGCUAAGGGGGCGGAGAAGCAGCAAGACGUGCCAUUAGGGAAGAGCACAGAGCGGAUAUACUGCAAACCUCAAGCUGCUGUCAGCCUCUUCGACCGAGGGGGCUAUCGAACGAUGACUCUGGUCAAGGAAGGAUUUGAGGACGUUGUUCUUGUCGAUUCGGGGUCAUCUACGCAAGAGUCGAGCUUCCUCUGUCUUGGUGCCGGGAACCACCGAAAGAUAACGCUGGCGCCCGGUGAGAGCUGGGAAGGUAGACAAACGAUCCGAUUAGAAAAAUGAACACGUGUGCAUGCUCGUAUGCGCCGGGCCGAUGAUUCGGCCAAUCGAAGCCCGUAUCACUAGAUCUCCCAUUUUAUCCGGUUCGGUUUCCUGACCAAAAAGUCAUGCAUGGAAUCCUGCAAUUAAACUUGAAAAGGAGG